UCCUUCUCUUCUCUGCUCGGUUGUGCGGCCGGCAUUUUGCUUUCCAAAUCGCCGGCUUCCGCCCCGCACGGCAGCCAUGGCUAUCACCGAAAGACAGCAUUUCUCCGUCUGUUUCUUCCUCCUCUCCUUCUGCUGUGUCGCCCUCACUCUUCUGUCGUCCUUGGCUUCUUCCUCCUAUAUGUUCUCCGUUAUGGGUAAUGAAGAUAUGGAAGAAAAAAGGAGAUUUCUUUACUCAGAAAUCUUGAGGGAUGAAGCAGUUGCAAGACUACUCGAUCUUGGAAAGGUGAGUGAUGCUGAUGCGUAUCUUGAGAGGACGUUUAUGAGUCCAGCAUCUGUGAGGGCUGGAAAUGUUAUUCAAGAAUGGAUGAAGGAUGCUGGUUUGAGAACGUGGGUGGAUUCUAUGGGCAAUGUACAUGGUCGAGUUGAUGGGAUGAAUGCAAGUGCUCAGGCUUUGUUGCUUGGGUCUCAUCUGGAUACUGUUGUUGAUGCUGGGAUAUUUGAUGGAUCAUUAGGUAUAAUUUCUGCCAUAUCUGCAUUGAAGGUUUUGAAUAGAAAUGGGAAGUUGAGGGACCUAAAACGACCUGUUGAGGUGAUUGCAUUUAGUGAUGAGGAGGGGGUGAGAUUUCAAUCUACUUUCUUAGGCAGUGCAGCUGUGGCUGGUGUCUUACCUGUUUCAGCAUUGCAAAUAUCUGAUAAAAGUGGUGUGACAGUGCAAGAUGCUCUUAGGAAGAACUCCAUAAGUAUUGUGAAGGAAAGCUUAUUGCAGCUCAAGUAUGAUCCAUCAUCUAUCUGGGGUUAUGUUGAGGUUCAUAUUGAACAAGGGCCUGUACUAGAGUGGGUUGGUUUUCCUCUUGGUGUAGUUAAAGGUAUAGCUGGGCAGACACGACUAAAGGUUGUGGUCAGAGGAUCACAAGGGCAUGCAGGAACAGUUCCAAUGUCAAUGCGUCAGGACCCAAUGGCUGCUGCUGCCCAGUUAAUUUUAUUGCUGGAAAGUCUUUGCAAACGUCCCCAAGAUUACUUAUCUCCCAAUGGUAAAUGCAAUGACUACUGUUUCGAAUCAUUGUCCAGUUCCCUUGUUUGUACUGUUGGAGAGAUAUCAACCUGGCCAAGUGCAAGUAACGUCAUUCCAGGCCAGGUAACCUUCACUGUGGAUGUGCGUGCAAUAGAUGAUAUGGGACGUGAGGCUGUUCUUUAUGAAUUAUCCAAUCGAAUGUAUCAAAUGUGUGACAAUCGUUCUGUUGCCUGCAUUAUUGAACGGAAGCAUGAUGCAAAUGCAGUAAUUUGUGACACUGAAUUGAGUUCACAUCUAAAAUCUGCAGCCUACACUGCCCUCAAAAGAAUGACAGGGGAGAAUCAAGAUGAAGUUCCGGUGCUUAUGAGUGGAGCAGGACAUGAUGCCAUGGCCAUGUCACAUCUAACAAAGGUUGGUAUGCUAUUUGUGCGCUGCCGUGGAGGUGUAAGUCACUCCCCUGAAGAGCAUGUAUUGGAUGAUGAUGUUUGGGCUGCUGGGUUAGCCAUGCUUGCAUUUCUUGAUACCCACAUGUAGUUACAAAACUAGUUUUUGAUAUGUAGCGAAUCUUUACCCGAUCCUUUCUAUGGCAGGAUAAUUGUAUGUAUGGUGUACCAUGCUUUCUUCUCUCUCUCUCUCUCUCUCUCUCUCUCUUUGCCAACAUGGUAUACUAUUAAUAUUAAAGUUAAUAGUAUCAUCCAUGUUGGUAUGAUGCUCUGAUGUACAUGAAUGAAAAAUUAGUUGGAUC